AUGUCGAUCAGAAAAAAUUACAUCUGUCAAAAAGAUCAAGCUAACUUGUACAGGGUGCAAGUGCGGGAGCCAUGUCCACCCAAGCCUCCUCCACCGCCUCCUAAACCCAAGGAUGACACCGCAUUCUGGGGAGCUUUGACUGUUAUUUUUGUUGCCGCUGCGUUUGCAGUAAUCGCGAAACGUUCGCCAGAAAUUCGCGACUGGCUUAUAAUCUACGCUCCAUGGUUUGACGAUUUCAUUGCUAUAGCCUAUGAGGAGAACAUGACGUAUGGCGAAUUUGCGCGAAAAUGCGUUGAAGAUGUCAAGAAUUUUUUCGAUAAAAUAAUAAGGGACGACGAUAAACCGCAGCCUUGUUCCAUGGAUGAGACACAGAAACCUAUUAUCCCUAUUACAUCCAAACCAGAAGUCGAGGACAGAAAAAGAGAAUCCAUAGAACCAGAUAAACCCAUAUGUGACAAUAAACCUGAACCCAUUGUUGUUACAAAAACAACUUGUGAAGUAAUUGAUCGAUUAAAAGACCUGGGUAAUGAAGCCCUUAGUAAUUAUUAUACGGCUUCAACGGCGUGUUCUCUUUAUAAUCAGAUUGUAGCAGAAACGAUGCAAAACUUCUCAAUACCAACCCUGAAAGAAUUACGUAAUCAAAUGACUGAACGUUUGAAUUUAGUUGCGGAGUCCAUUCAAAAGGCAGAACAAGCCACCACUGAUAUUGAGGACUUGACACGUUACUUGGAGUGUGGAUUGAAAGGGACAAAAGAAGAGAUAGAGAGCACGAUAAUACUCAUGAAUGAUUAUUUGCAACAAAUAAAAGCGUCUUGCAUAUUGUAUCAAUGGGAGAAUGACAAGUCUAUUGUCUUGGACGAUCAAUGGCAAAAGGUAGAAAAUUUGAUAGACAAAUACGCGAGCGAAAACGAGACAAUGUUUCCAGAAGUUAAAUAUGAACAAAAUAAAUUGCAACUUGAAGGGGACUUGGAUCUAUUAUUGUAUCACACUAAUCGUUACACACAACGAUUGAAGGCGGAAUUAAAAGAAGUCGUGGUUGGAAUGACCGAUAGAGUUGGUCGGGCGUUUGAAACUUUACCUCAAGGCGAUAAGGAAAGGAAAAAUAGAGAAACAAUGAUGCAAACGGUUCUAAAACAGAAAAGAGCCGAGAUGGACAACGAAUUUAAAAAACGACAAAACGAUCAAAAACUUGCAAACGAUAAAUUACUAAAGGAUUCAUUGAAGAUGCAACUGGAGCGACACCAAGAAACGAUGGACGUUAAAUUAAAACAAAAAGAAGAUGAGGUGACAUCAAAACUAAAUAAACUCGUCUCUGAAAAAGUUGCAUAUGAAAAGAAAAUGUUCGCAAAGCAACUAAGCGAAAUGGCAGAAAAAUUGAAAGUCGUCGAGGAUAAACUUAAUGCUAGGUUAAAAGUCGAGGGUGAGACAAAACGUUCACAAGACCUAUGGAUUGCGGGAUCAUCUUUAUUAGCUGCUACUAAAAAAGGGGUGCCAUGCGUUAAUGUAAAUAAAGAGUUGAAUGCUAUUGAAAAAGCAGCAGGAGUUGGAGAUGAAUUAGUAAAUACUGUAUUAAAAUCUGUACCGGAGUCAGUUAGAGAAAAUGGUCUGGUACCUGAGAGUGUGUUAAGAGCGAAAUAUCAUCAGAUGGAAAAAAUUGCGUUGAAAGUUGCACUCGUCGAACAAGAUGGAGCGCGAUUGCCAGUUUAUUUCCUGUCUUGGUUGCAGUCAACGUUAUUGUUUAUGAAGCUAUCCGGUAUUCCACAGCAAGAGGUAGACAAAAUGCCAGAGGGACCCUUUACAGAUUUGGACACUUUCGAUUUGUUGCAAAGGGCAAGGUUCUGGAUGGAACGAGGUAACUUAGCGGCGGCGAUUCGAUACGUGAAUUCUCUAGAGGGUGCAUCAAGAGCCGCGGCGUCAUCUUGGUAUGACGCAGCCAGAUCUCAUCUCGAGACGAGACAAGCUGCUGAGGCUGUUAUCGCACACGCAGCGGCAUUAGGAAUACAAUAUAUAUAACCUGUGCAUUUUACAUUUUUGAAUGUGUAAAUUAGAAUUAGCUUAGAAACUUUUUUGAAACAAGUGGCGAUUUAUUGUCGAUGAAAUAAAUCGAAAGCGAUUCGAGUUGACUGUAUCGUGUUACUUUGAAUCAAGUUGAAAUAACAUUCUUUUUUCAAUUAAUAUU